ACGGACACGACAUCGGACUACCACAAGAGAAGAGAUAUCAUCGCAAUCAAUUGAUCGGAUACGGAAACCCUCAACAAGACGAGGUGAAAUUUACAUAAAGAAACACAUUCUACAUCCUUUCAGAGCUGAAGCUCAGUUGCUACAAUGAGUUACGGAUACGGAAGACAAAAUCCUUACGAUUCCCCUGACCAGGGCUACAGCGAUAACAACGGUUAUGGCAACGGUGGUGGUUACAACAGCCCGCAAGCUCAGGGCUAUGGUGGGAUAGGUAGCGUCGAAAUGGAGCCCCUUGCUCACAACGGUAGCUCCUUUGCUCAAAGUGACCCCAACGCUAUUCUCAACGAGUGCCGUGAUAUCGACCGUGGAAUCGACACCGUUGAGCAGAACCUCGAGCAGCUUCGUAUGAUCCAGCAGCGAACCCUUGAUGAUGCCGACAGCUCUGGUUCCAGUGCCGCCAACCGUCAGCUCGACGCUCUUUCUACUGAGACCAUGUCGCUUUACCGUGAGCUUACCGAACGAGUCCGCACCAUCAAGUCCAGUCCCGAGGCCAACUCUGCCAAGAACAACCCUCAUGUCACCCGUAUUGAUCGCCGCCUCAAGGCUGCCAUUACCCAGUACCAGCAGGUCGAGUCGCAGUUCCGAAAGCGAACCCAGGACCAGAUGGCCCGUCAGUACCGUAUCGUUCGCCCCGACGCCUCUGAGCAGGAGAUCCAGGCUGCUGUUGAGGACACAACUGGUGGCCAGGUUUUCAGCCAGGCCAUGAUGCAGAGUGACCGCCAGGGUCGCGCCCGUGCUGCCCUGAGCGCCGUUCAAGACCGUCACCAGGCCCUUCAGAAGAUUGAGCAGCAGAUGGUCGAGCUGGCACAGCUCUUCCAGGACAUGGACACUCUCGUUGUUCAGCAGGAGGCUGCCGUCACCCAGAUUGAGCAGAAGGGUGAGGAGGUUGUCGAGAACCUUGACAAGGGUAACGAGGAGAUUGGUGUGGCUGUCAACACUGCCCGCAAGACUCGCAAGAAGAAGUGGAUCUGCCUGGGUAUCUGUGUGGCUAUUAUUGUCGUUAUUGUCAUUAUCGUCCUCAUCUACAUCUUUGUUAUCAAGGGACAGAACAACAACAACAACAAUGGUAAUAACAACAAGAGGCGAGCCAUCGAGGCUGCUUCUGACGCUAUCAUGCACACAGCUGUCAUGCCCUCCCGUCUAGCUCGUCGCGUCGCUGGCGGCAACGAGGCUGCUUCUCUCAUCAGCAGUGUCGCAGGAAGAAUCCACAUGCCCCAGCUACCGAACAACUAAUUGUUCAAGGUGGACGGAGAAUUAUAAGCUCAUUGUAUUCGAACCAUGUAUAAGGCGACUUCCUUUUCUAUUCGGGAUAUCUAUACGCCAAACAACGACAAGCUUCGAAUCGGAGGGAAUUAAAAAGCAGUGUAGGCUGUGUUUGUUUUGUCUUUUUUUGCGUAUUCCCAUUGGAUUAUAACUGUUGCUAUAGCCCGAUAGCCUGUAUGUUUUCUUUUUGUUGAUACAACCGGGUUUUGAAUCUGCCGCUGUCUGGGCUUGGUUUUUCUUUUAUCAAUUGCAUUUGCUAGGGGCGUUUAUAGUAUGAGCUUUUAAUCACAUUUCCCUAUUUC